CGCUCCUCAGACCACAAGCAACAAUCAGAACGAUGGAAGCGUUUUUCCAGAGUGUUCUUCCACAGGCAGAUCCCAAUCCCAUUGUGCUGGCCGGUUCACCAUGGCCCAUUCUCACCAUAUUGGCGCUCUAUCUGGUGUUUGUGCUGAAGCUGGGCAGGAUCUUCAUGGAACACCGCAAGCCCUACGACCUGAGGCGAGUGCUGAUGGUCUACAACCUAUUCCAAAUCGCCUACAAUGGCCUCUACUUUGGCGGAAUCGUCUACUACCUGUUCUACAAACAAAUCUGCAAUCUGCGCUGCCUGGAGACCUUUCCGCAGGGCCAUGAGCACAAGCAGGUGGAGCGGGUCUUCCAUGCAGCCUAUUUAAUCAACAAGGUGAUCGACCUGAUGGACACGGUAUUCUUUAUCCUGCGGAAGAGCUACAAGCAGGUCACCUUCCUGCACAUAUACCACCACGUCCUGGUGGUCUUCGCGGGCUUUGCCCUGACCAGGACCUACGGCACUGGGGGUCACCUCAACAUCCUUGCGCUGCUCAACACCAUGGUGCACGUGAUGAUGUACUUCUACUACUUCCUCUCCUCGCAGUAUCCCUCCAUCAAGGGUAACAUCUGGUGGAAGAAGUACAUCACCUUGGCGCAGUUGUUCCAAUUCACCCUGAUCCUGGGAUACGGGAUCUAUGUGCUAUUUUUCUCACCCAACUGUGGCGUCCCCGUUGGCCUCAUCUACGUGACGAUGCUGCAGAGCGUCAUCUUUAUCUAUCUCUUUGCAACAUUCUAUUUCCACGCCUACUUGCGUCCGGCCAAGUCUCCUAUAAAUAAUCGAAAGUCUGAGGUGAAGCAGUCGUAGGUCCACAAUAGAGCCCCGGAUAUAUGUAUAUAUAGAUGCAUUUACAUAUCCAAUGAGUUCUGCUAGAAUAAUCGCUAUGACGUCUGGUUCUGAAAGUGACAUCCUAGAGGUCACUUUGAACUAAUGAUAAUUAACACAAAGUGUUUUGGUCCUAAGAAGUUUUUAAUGCAACUCUUUAAAUCAAUUGUAAUGUUCCUUAUUUUGGGUUACAAAUAAAAUUAACAAAAUUGAAAAA